AAAACAGGAAUUUAAUAGAACUAAAGUAGAGGACUGGCAGGUGGAGGGGAGACGAAUUACGGUCCUAACGACCUCCUUCUCCUUGCCAAUUUCCUGGAAUAAUAAUAAAAUUCCUCUUGAAUCAAUGAAAUCAAAUAUAAUCAAUGAGUGAUGAGUGGCAUUGAAUUAAAAUAGAAAUAGAUGUACUCCAGUAAUCUCAAAGGGUUUUUACUUGCUGUGGUCUCAAGUGCCUUUAUAGGAUCCAGUUUUAUCAUCAAGAAGAAGGGCCUCAGGAAGGCCGGUGUCAACGGUCCCAGUGCUAGUUCUGGAGGAUAUGGUUAUCUGUUAGAGCCGCUAUGGUGGAUCGGCAUGGUUACUAUGAUUGUGGGAGAGAUUGCAAAUUUUGUAGCAUAUAUUUAUGCGCCUGCCGCUCUAGUUACUCCGCUUGGUGCACUGAGUAUCAUUGUUAGUGCUGUUUUAGCGCAUCUCUUAUUGAAGGAGAAGUUACAGAAAAUGGGAAUGUUGGGGUGUCUUUUAUGUGUAGUGGGUUCUGUAGUGAUUGUGCUUCAUGCUCCGCAAGAGGAAUCUAUUGAUUCAGUUGAGGAAAUCUGGGAACUAGCUACACAACCUGCAUUUCUUUUGUAUGUGGGCUCAGUAGUAGCUGUAGCAUUGGUAUUGAUCUUGUAUUGUGCUCCUCGAUAUGGCCAAACCAACAUAAUGAUCUAUAUAGGAAUUUGCUCUGUAAUUGGGUCGUUGACGGUUAUGAGUGUUAAAGCCAUUGGCAUUGCAAUAAAGUUAACAUUAGAGGGAAUAAACCAAGCCAAAUAUUUUCAGACAUGGAUUUUUGCAAUGGUUGCAAUUACCUGUAUCAUCACACAAUUAAACUAUCUAAACAUGGCAUUGGAUACUUUCAACACAGCAGUUGUUUCUCCUAUAUAUUACGCUAUGUUCACAUCUUUUACAAUAUUCGCCAGUGCAAUAAUGUUUAAGGAUUAUUCUGGUCAAAGUGCAAGUAGCAUAGCAUCAGAGCUUUGUGGGUUUAUCACUGUGUUAUCGGGAACUACUGUAUUGCAUAGCACAAGAGAGCCAGAUCCACCUUUUAUUACAGAUCUUUAUACUCCAUUAUCUCCGAAAGUAUCAUGGUACAUCCAAGGCAAUGGGGAAGUCUGUAAGCAGAAGGAUGAAGAUGGGUCACCUCCUAGUUUUGUCACAAUUCUCCGGCAAGACUAUUUCAAGUAAAAGAAAUAUGCAUGGGACAUGAAAAUUUUGUGCUUGGGCCCAUCAAAAUACAGCUGGAGAAUUCUUAUAUGAUUGUGCAGGCGGAAUAUGUGGUAAUAUUUUGUCCACAAAUUUUCUUAUCCUUCUUCCUUUUCAUCAUCGUGUCAGAUCAAAUUAUCUGAGUCAUUUGGUGCAAAGUCGUGUAGCUAUAGGGAGUUAUUUGUUCAGCUUAUUAAUUUUCAUUUUAUUUUUUAACACCUCUUGACACUCCAUUUUUGCGACUUGUAGCUACAUCUUAUUUCUUUGUAGAAACAAAGUGCGGGCUUGGAAUACACUAAUCCAUGUAGGUCAGUGUUUGUAAUAUCAUUUUUUGCAUCUCAUCUGGAAGAAAUUGGUAAAAUACUGUAUCUUUUUGGUAAAUUCGGUAUUGAUUGAUAAGAUCUCUGUUAGGGUGAGACUGGUUCCCAGAAAUGAAGAAAGUUGUCCAACUGUGACUUGUCUGUUAUCAGGCUAUUUCUUUCUCAACGGGGCAUGUCCUAUAUUAGAAUCAUAUUAUGAUACGAAUUCAGUACGUUAUAAUUGUGAGAGUUGUAAUAUUGCAAUUCCUAUUAAUUUUUUUUAUUUUU